AGUGGCGGGUUCCGAGGCGGGCGGAGCUCCGGCGGAUGGCAGCCGCUGUCGCACAAUAGAGACAGGUCCUCGGCCAGCAUCGCUCGGAGGGCAGCAGGAGGAGGCGGACCGCGCUCCGUUAGUGGCAAACAGAAUAUACAUACGCAUAUCCACCGGAGCGAUGCAAAGAGCUCCGCAAGCAACUCGUGUGUGGACAGCCAGGAGCAUCUAAUGUGCUGCUCGCCUGUGGUAAGGGGAACAGAAACGUGGUCCCAGCGUGUAAUUUAAGGAAGAAAGCGUGCCUUAGUCCGAGGACAAAGCCUCUGAUAACCCCGAGCAGCGGCGUUAUGAGUCAGCAGCAUCAGCGCGGGCGACACUUAAAGAAGAGGAAAGCAGCUGAGGACGGCAAAGAUCCGCCUGCAGAAGGAGCAGCUCGCCCGCUGGGCGUGUUAUCAGUGACACCUCCCAGCUAAUCUGCAAAUCUCCAGGUGCCCGAGGAAUGCCAUUUACUCGGGACAUUGCUGGAGAGGACCGGAGAUUUCAUCACCACCGCUGCGGGCAUCCUGCUAAUUUCCCCCAGCAGCGGCAGCAAAACCCUCGCUGGGAGGCACGCUUGUAGCCGGAACUUGCCUAAUGGAAUAAUUUUCGCCUGCUUGAUCGUUACCGAAGUGAUGAAGCCGGCUAGAGGGUGCCUGGUUUGUGUCACGCUGGGGUAGGCAAGGCGUACCACAGCCUCGUUCCAAGAAGAAAAUAAAGCCUCCUUCUGCUGAUGCUGACGCAGAGUCCUUUCCGGCUGCCCUCCCUUCUGGCCUUCCUUUUUCUCCUUCCUGGCUGCCGCGAGAGGCAAUUCGGGGUUAUUACCGCUGUGUUCGAGUGAAAGGUCUCAGGUGCAGCGCCGAAACCAUGUUCUCCCGGCUAAGGGCGGCCGCCGCUCCCUGCUCGCUGGCGCGGCGCGGCGCGCACACGAAGGAGAAAGGCAAGCCGCUGAUGUUAAACCCGCGGACGAACAAGGGGAUGGCCUUUACGUUACACGAGCGGCAGAUGCUCGGAUUGCAAGGGCUUCUACCUCCUAAAAUCGAGACGCAAGACAUUCAAGCCUUACGCUUCCACAAGAAUUUGGCAAAAAUGACGGACCCCUUGGAGAAGUAUAUCUACAUAAUGGGAAUCCAAGAGAGAAAUGAAAAGUUAUUUUACAGGGUUUUACAAGACGAUAUCGAGCGGUUAAUGCCAAUUGUGUAUACACCAACAGUGGGCCUCGCCUGUUCCCAGUACGGGCACAUCUUCAGGAGACCAAAAGGAUUGUUUAUUUCAAUCUCAGACAGAGGUCAUAUAAGGUCCAUUGUGAAUAACUGGCCGGAGAACGACGUCAAGGCUGUUGUUGUCACUGAUGGAGAAAGGAUAUUGGGUCUCGGAGACCUCGGGGUGUAUGGGAUGGGAAUCCCAGUGGGGAAACUCUGCUUGUAUACGGCCUGUGCAGGAAUCCAUCCAGAUAAAUGCUUGCCUGUGUGCAUCGACGUUGGAACUGACAAUACAACCCUCUUAAAAGAUCCAUUUUAUAUGGGCCUGUACCAAAAAAGGGAUCGCUCACAGGUCUACGAUGACCUAAUUGAUGAAUUUAUGGAGGCCAUCACAGACAGGUAUGGCCAGAACACCCUUAUCCAAUUCGAAGACUUCGGAAACCACAACGCUUUUCGGUUUUUGAGAAAAUACAGAGAGAAAUACUGUACCUUCAACGAUGACAUCCAAGGGACGGCUUCGGUGGCCUUAGCGGGACUGCUGGCAGCACAGAAAGCCACUGGCAAACCAAUUUCGGAGCAGAAAGUGCUGUUCCUUGGGGCAGGAGAGGCUGCCCUGGGAAUCGCAAACCUCAUCGUUAUGGCCAUGGUGGAAAAUGGUGUUUCAGCAGAGGAAGCCUACAAGAGAAUAUGGAUGUUCGACAAAUACGGAUUGCUGGUUCAGGGCCGAGAACAAAAGGUAGAUUCCAACCAGGAACCAUUUACGCAUCCGGCUCCAGAGCAGAUCCCAAAGACCUUUGUGGAUGCGGUGAAUGUACUCCGGCCUUCGGCUGUCAUCGGGGUUGCGGGAGCUGGGCGGCUCUUCUCUCACGACGUGAUCAGAGCGAUGGGCUCUAUCAACGAGCGACCGAUAAUAUUUGCACUGAGUAACCCCACGGUGAAGGCUGAGUGCACGGCAGAGGAAGCGUAUACGUUGACAGAGGGACGUUGCUUGUUUGCCAGCGGCAGCCCGUUCGACCUGGUGACUUUGGAAGACGGAAGAACCUUCAAACCAGGCCAAGGAAACAACGCUUACAUUUUUCCAGGCGUGGCUCUCGCUGUGAUCCUCAGCAGUGUUCGACAUAUUAGUGAUAAGGUUUUCCUAGAAGCUGCUAAGGCGUUGGCGGAACAGUUGACUGAUGAGGAGCUCGCACAGGGAAGACUUUAUCCCCCGCUGUCUAAUAUCAGGGAAGUUUCUAUUUAUAUUGCUGUCAAGGUGAUGGAAUUUCUGUACGCAAACAACAUGGCUUUCCAUUACCCUGAGCCUGCAGACAAGAACCGUUACAUUCGAUCAAAAGUUUGGACCUACGAAUACGAAUCCUUCAUGCCAGACGUGUAUGACUGGCCUGAGUCCAAGGUUCACUGAUGGACCAGAAGAUCGCACUCCUCAGGCGGUACCUUCUACUCUGCAGGGAUCCCUUUUUCAGACCAAUUUAAAUCAUGACCUUUUGAGUCCUGUAAUUUAUUUUCACUUAUUUUGGUGUCUCUUUGCCCUUCUCCCUUGAUGUAGAUUGCUCCCCGCUCCCCCGAGUAUCCGGGUGAACUGUGUGGAUGAUGGCGUCCAUUGCAGGAUCGAGAGAGAGCUCUUCAAAAUUAAUUCUAAAAAUGACGUUGCAUUUCUACCUUAGAGCCCUUACCACGCUAAACAAUUUGCUUAACAAUGUUUUAGCUGCGUGUGAGCGUGAUGCUCUCUCGUCACUGCUGAUUUCCAGAACGAUUUAUUUCUGCUUUUCAUAAUCAGUCUUCUGAUUGUCCCGGUGGUGUCACACAGCAUUAUUUGUGACAACACCAGAGAGAAUUCCUUCAAAAACAAAAGGGGGGGGGGGGGCAGCUUAAGACAAAUUUAAGUCUGACGGGCUUUCUGUUUUGUCUGAUACUCAAAGAUGCCCGUGUCCAGACUUCCCUUGUGGCAUUGGCUGCUCUCUUUCUCUGAAUGUGCUUCGAGGAGCAGCGUGGUGCGCACGCGUGGGAUCUGCAGCAACGUUGCAUUUCGCCUUUUCAGCAUCGCGUGAAAUCUGUUAGGAGGAAAAAUGUGAGCUAGUUAAGAUUAUCCUAGGAAAGCCCGAAAAUAUAUUAAUCACUUAGGAGCUUGAAAAAAAGCAAAGCUGUGCUGUUAUCUAAUCAAAUAUAUCACGUAAAGGCAGAACCUGAAGUGAUCUACGGAAAUCUUUGAGAGAUUUUGCAGGGAGAUUUUUGCAGUUGACUCCAAGGUGACGUACCGCCGGCUUUUUUCUUUCGUUUCUUUCGUUUUUCAAAGUUCUGUUCCUCUCAGCCGCAUCGUUUCUCCCUCGCUUAGCCUCGUUUUCCCAAAAGGGCUCGUGUAUGAUGUUUUUUAUGACGUUGCUGACUCAAACGCUCCCGAGCGGGGCUCGCUUGCCGCGUUGAACAACCGAACCCCCCCGCCCCAGAGCUGAUGAAGCCAGCCCCGAAGGCGUUACAGGCAGCUAUUGGCACGCACACGGACGGAAUUUGGGCUGAAUGAUUCUUGUGGUCCCAGUGCAGUUUGCACGCAGUGAAUGUCAGACUUGAAAGACCUAAUGCUUAGAAGCUGUUAAGUUGAUCGCUUCACUCUGUUUACGGAUUUGUCAGGUGUUGUUUUUUUUUUUUUUUCUGUGAAAACUAAAAUUUCUAGGUGAAUUUUUGUCUCCUUUUCCUUGCACAUUUGAUACUGAUACCACAAUGUGCAUUCCUCUUUUUUUUUUUUUUUCUUCAUAUCAGCUUCGAGUGCCCUCCGUUUCUUUGCUCUGCGGGCAAGGACACAGUCGUAGCUACAGGCUGUGGUCUUUGUAACAGCAACAAGAGUACGUCUUGAACAGAAAUAAAGGCGAUGUGCUCUCCCACAGCGUGCUGAAGUGAAGCAAAAAAAGGACAAAAAUAAAGUAAAAAGGUUGCACUGGCUAAAUAAAUUACAGUAGAUCUACAAGGCCUCUAUUGGCAGACAAAGCUGGAAUCCAAAGAGGUGAAGUAAAGCUUGCUCAUCGGGACUUGCCCGUGGCAAGCACAUCUCAUAUCCUUAUUUAUGAUGGAAUAAAUAAGCUCUCGGCAGAAGUGUGCAAAAUAGACCCAAAAUACAGCAGGGAAAAUAGUCUCUGUACCUCCUUAGACGUGAUCUCUGUCAUUUCCUGCCUAGUCUCCGAUUUUAAAAUAAAGUCGAUGUAGUGGAGAAAGAACGGUGAGCUUUUGGAAGGCUUCGCCUAAGUGAGGAAAGAAGACUGAUUAUAUAAAUGCAGAAAACGGUGAUGUGGGGGCAAGACCGCACAUUGAAACUGUGGUAAAAUGCUGUCUGGUGGGGCUCUAAGUGCUGCAUUGCCAAGCUGUGCGACUUAACGUGGUUUGCAGCUUGCACAUGUGAGUAUAUAUACAAAGAAGACCAACACAUACACGUGAUGUUUUUACAAAGAAUGCUUUUUUUCAUCUAUUUUUGCUAUGCCUGUUUUUAGUGUAUUUAAAUUUGUGACCUUACUGGAAAAAAAGAUUAUUUAUUUAGUGUACAAUUGUUUUUACCUCCUGAAAAUGCAACUCUUGCCGAAGCCCUUGUGUCAGUGGAGUUCUGCGUCACUGAAUCCAAAUACGUUGGCAACGCACACUUCCUCACUUCUUCUGACGACGUACUAAUUAGGCAGAAGAGUAAUGAACAUAUCCUAUGCACUGAUCUUGUGUCCUGGCUGAGACUGAUCGCAAAGGCAGGGCCGUCAGUCCGUGAUUCUAACUUGGUUUUACAAAAUAAAGUUCUACAUCCGUC